AUGACAGAGCACGAAACUAUAAACCACGACCGAGGGUCUACUGGAAAUGCUGAAGAACAACAAUAUUUGGACCUAUGUCGAAGAAUCAUCGAGCAUGGAGACUUUAGACCUGACAGAACUGGGACAGGAACUUUCAGUCUUUUUGCUCCGCCCCAACUUAGAUUUGACCUCAGUAAUGACCAGUUCCCACUUUUGACUACAAAAAGAGUAUUUACAAAGGGUAUCAUUCUUGAGCUGCUAUGGUUCAUAGCAGGCUGUACUGAUGGAAAAAAACUAUCCGAUCAAGGCGUUAGGAUUUGGGAAGGAAAUGGGUCAAGAGAAUACUUGGAUAAACUGGGACUGACCGAUAGACGCGAAGGGGACUUGGGUCCCGUUUACGGAUUUCAAUGGAGACAUUUUGGAGCAGAGUACCGGAGUUGUGACGACGACUACAAAGGACAGGGCUUCGAUCAAUUAAAAGACAUAAUUCACAGAAUCAAAACGAAUCCAACGGAUCGUAGAAUCAUCAUGAGUGCAUGGAACCCUCCAGAUUUUGCGAAAAUGGCAUUACCUCCGUGCCAUGUAUUUUCACACUUUUACGUCACUCUGCCAAAGAAAGAGGGCGAAAAAUCCAAGUUGUCAUGCUUACUAUAUCAGAGAUCUUGCGACAUGGGCCUGGGAGUUCCUUUUAACAUUGCGUCAUACGCUCUGUUAACCAAGAUGAUUGCACAUGUCUGUGAUAUGAAACCUGGGGAGUUCAUUCAUACACUAGGAGAUGCUCACGUUUAUAAAGAUCAUGUCGAUGCAGUCCAAGAACAAUUACAAAGAAGCCCAAGACAAUUUCCUAAAUUGAAGAUAAACAGGAAGGUGAAAGACAUCGACGAUUUCAAGUAUGAAGAUUUCGAGAUAACUGACUACAAUCCACACAAGAAAAUUACCAUGAAGAUGAGUGUAUAG